AUGGAUCGGUGUUUGUUGUUUAAAUCACCAUCCCUAAACAGGCUCGACGGGAGCGAGAUGGCUCAAGUGGUUAGAGCGCGACUGGAAGGCUUGGGAAACCUGGCAGUAUCCAAGCUUUCCUCGGGUGGCAUGGCAGCUAGGCACCUGAAGGGUGUUACAGCUGAGCGAAACAGGCCUUUCUACACUGAGUCGUUCCACCAGGCUGAUAUAUACAGAAAGCUUAUGUUUGUCUGUGCCUCUCGACUUCUCCUGACUAGGCUUGAGCAACCUGAGAUUAUCCCAGCCCUCAUGCUUCAUUCUGGUGGCAAGGCAGCUAGGCACAGAAGAGAUGCUACAGCUGAACGAUUAUCCUUAUGA